CAAUUUAUUUCAUUUUCCUUUUUGGCCCAGAUUACACUGUAUUGCUUUCUUGGCAACAGCACUUAACCCAGACAUGCGCGCUACAGCUAAAGUGCGCGUUAGGCACAAAAUUGCACUGCACGGGCCCGAAUGCGCUUACAUUGGCCAGCUGAAAGCUAACCUGGACGUCGGCUGUUGCGGCGCAAGUCCAAAAUUUGCAAGUGUGGCUCGCUAAGAUAAAUUACUCUUAUGUAAACCGCGGGUGCAGUACACAACACACAUACAUAUAUAUAUAUAUUUAUACAGUUAAACACAGAAACACACACACACGCAUAUCAAAAAAAUUAAGUGUUUACCAUGUUGAUGGCUAUUUGUGCAAAUUUAAGGCGGAUAAGGCCUGAUCAAGUGAACUUGACUGCCACGCGCAGCCUUUGGCAUUGGCAUCGACAACACCUGCCACGGAGCAUAUAUGGCCAGCAUGUGUACAUGUUGGCCGCGCGGCUAUACGUCCAGGCCCCCGAGGCUCGCCCACUGCCCGAUGAUAGAUCUUCGCCAGGACUGCAGCCGCCGCCGCCGCAGCCGCAGAUGCCGCAGCAGAGAGAUCAGUCAGUGCAGACGGAAAGUCUGCACAUAAAUCUAUCAUCGCAUAGCAUCAGGCAGUCCACGGAAAAGGAGUUGAAACAACAGGAAAGCAGCUCCCAGAGCAAGGGCUCCACAUCGUCGAACAUGUCAUCGGGCGUCGAAAUACCCUAUCCCAUCGAUUGGAUAUUUCCUCGGCUGCGCAAUCCCUCCAAGCUAUGGUUUAUAACCAGUCAAUUGGUGAUUACUCUCGUUGGCCUCAUCAGCAAGUUUGUCCUAGUACUAAUGAAUAAAACGAAAGUCCAUAACAAGGAGCGUCUAAUGAAAGCUGUUGCCAAACGACCCAAGGGCAUACCCUUAGUGACCGUCUCCAAUCAUUAUUCCUGCUUCGAUGAUCCCGGCAUCUGGGGCACUUUGCCCAUUCGUUAUGUGUGCAAUACAUUUCGCAUCAGAUGGUCCAUGGCCGCCCACGACAUAUGCUUCACCAAGAAGAUGCACGCCAUGUUCUUUAUGUACGGCAAAUGCAUACCGGUUGUGCGGGGCCAUGGCGUCUACCAGGAGGCAAUCAAUCUGUGCAUCGAGAAGUGCGCCUUGGGUCACUGGGUGCACGUGUUUCCCGAGGGCAAGGUGAACAUGGAGAAGGAGGAUUUGCGUCUGAAAUGGGGCGUGGGUCGCAUAAUCUAUGAAUCGCCACGCAUACCGAUCAUUGUGCCCAUGUGGCACGAGGGCAUGGACAGUGUUCUGCCCAAUGUGGAGCCGUACAAGUUGCACUGGGGCAAGAAGGUCACCAUAAACAUUGGCGAGCCCCUGGAUCUGAACGCAUUUGUGCAGGGCCUUAAGGAUACACGUGUGCCGGAGCCUGUGGCACGAAAACUCAUAACUGACAAAAUACAAGAUGCCUUUCGAGUCUUGCGCUGCGAGACGGAGAGAUUACACGGGGAGCGCGCUUAGAAACUUUAGCUCGGAAAUUCAAGCAGAAGACGACGAUACAUAAAGCUUAUUUAUUUUUAUAGUAUUAAGCCCAAAAUGAAGCCUCCAUCAAGUGUUAUAUAUAUUUAUUGUAUUUACCAUUUUUACUUGUAGUAUGAGGCUUAUGCUGCCAGUGUGCUAAACGAGCAAAAGAAUUCGAAGCAUCCUUAAGAAAAAAAACAACAAAAAAAAAAAA